CAAUGCUUCGGCAUUAGAGAAAGAGAUUGGUCCAGAACAGUUUCCAGUCAAUGAGCACUAUUUUGGAUUAGUCAAUUUUGGGAAUACCUGCUACUGCAAUUCAGUUCUUCAAGCACUUUACUUUUGUCGUCCAUUUCGGGAAAAGGUUCUAGCAUAUAAGAGUCAACCCAGGAAGAAGGAGAACCUUCUCACGUGCUUAGCAGAUCUCUUCCACAGCAUAGCCACUCAGAAGAAGAAGGUUGGAGUGAUACCUCCCAAGAAGUUCAUCACACGAUUACGGAAAGAAAAUGAACUUUUUGACAACUACAUGCAACAAGAUGCCCAUGAAUUCUUAAAUUAUCUACUAAAUACAAUUGCUGAUAUUUUACAAGAAGAGAGAAAGCAGGAAAAACAAAAUGGUCGCUUACCUAAUGGUAAUAUUGAUACUGAAAAUAAUAACAGCACACCAGACCCAACGUGGGUUCAUGAGAUUUUUCAGGGAACAUUAACUAAUGAAACCAGAUGUCUUACUUGUGAAACCAUAAGCAGCAAAGAUGAAGAUUUUUUAGACCUUUCUGUUGACGUGGAACAAAACACAUCAAUUACUCACUGCUUAAGGGGUUUUAGCAACACAGAGACUCUAUGCAGUGAAUACAAGUAUUACUGUGAAGAGUGUCGCAGCAAGCAGGAAGCUCACAAACGGAUGAAAGUUAAAAAACUGCCCAUGAUUCUAGCUCUACAUCUGAAGAGAUUUAAAUAUAUGGAUCAACUUCAUCGAUACACAAAGCUUUCUUACCGGGUAGUUUUUCCUCUAGAGCUUCGUCUGUUUAACACUUCCGGUGAUGCAACCAAUCCAGACAGAAUGUACGACCUUGUUGCUGUUGUGGUUCACUGUGGAAGUGGUCCCAAUCGAGGCCAUUAUAUUGCAAUAGUUAAGAGUCAUGAUUUUUGGUUGUUGUUUGAUGACGACAUUGUAGAAAAAAUUGAUGCACAAGCUAUUGAAGAAUUCUACGGGUUGACAUCAGAUAUCUCAAAGAACUCUGAGUCUGGUUACAUCCUUUUCUAUCAGUCUCGGGACUGAGGGGAGCCGUGAUGAAGAGAUACUUUCUGCCUCAUUUCUUCUCUGGCUAUUUGGAAAGGAUCAAGCACUGAUUUUUCAAGAAAAGAGAAAUGCAGGAAGCUCAGGGGGCAGUGGCAUACUUUGCACACGAUAAAGCAAAGACGACGGAUGAACAAGCCCUUCGAUCAUGGUAGUUGAUUUAUUUGCUCAGGUAUCAUGCUGUCUGUGCAGUUCCACACAACAAGGAAGUGAAAUCAGAGAUACCAGCUCCUCUCUAAAGCAGCCUUCCAGUCAUUGACACGCAUUGUCUCUCGAUUAAUUGCACCAAUAAUGAUUUGAAUUCCUUGGGGGUGCAGCAGAAGGAAUCAGAAUCUGUGCUAGGAUGUAUUAAUCAUUGUAGGGGGUGAUAUUGAACACACCGUGUAAGUUUGCCUGGUUCCAUAUGUAUGGAAGCAUGGUCAGUGGUCUUUUCAAGAGUAAACCAGAAAUACUUUUGGGCCCAACACUUGCAGUUGCCUUCCUGAUGUAAAAAACUAACCGAGAUACUAGAUAAUCCAGUGUCAGGAAGACAAAUAUGUCUUGCUUCUCUGAAGAAGCUUAUAAUAAUAUACAAUAUAUGUAUAUGUAGGGAACAAUUGGUCAAAAGUGGCUUUUUGUUUCCCCAAGGGGAAAGACUGGCUUUGUAAUUAUAAUUUUUCCUUAUUUAUUUUACUUAAAAUAAACUGGUAGAGCCUAAGUAUUGUAUGAAGUGCCCAUGAUUCUGUCAGUCAAUUUGAGCAUAUUUUUAUUAGCUUAUGUCAGUUUAACUAGUCCAUUUGUUUGUUUCCACUUUUAAGGUGAAUUUUAAAUUCUCUCUGAAAUCGGUAAGAUACCUUAGAAAAAUUGCAAUGAGAGGAGGUAAGUAUUCUUUUUCAGGAGGAACUGAUAUCUCUGGCUAAAUAUUGUCCUUUUACUAUAGUUUAUAAGUCAGUUACUUUAUUCAGCUUUAAUUUUAGUAAAAUAAAAAACUAUCAAUCCCUCUAGUUGUUGGAAUAAUAAAAAAUUCUGGUGCAGUGGUGAUAUACCAGUCUUUAGACUUCUUAAGUAUUCUAAUGUUUCAAGUUGAGGCCAUGCUUGGAAAAUUCAUGUCAUAGCAUUUAUGUUAUUUUCAAAUGUCAUUUUUUACCCUGGAAAGAAGAAAUACAUUCAUCAUAACCCUGGCAGCCCAGGCCAUGAGCUAAAACAACAAACACCCUUGGAAGAUCACAUCUUAAUGAAAUGGAGUCCUUUUCCCCUCUGCCUUCACAAACCUUACUGGAAGAGUGUUCAGAAACGAACGUUUGUGUUUGUUAAGACUUCAUUCUAUUGGGGGUUUCAUGAAGUACUAUAUGUAAUGUAAAAUGUAUGCAGCCCAUUAUGGUUGACAUUUUCUAUGCCAGCUUCCAAGUAAGUUGUCUGAUAGUGGUCGAAUGUAACUGGGAGAAAAUAAUUGAAAGUUAUAUUCAGAAGAAUAGCAAUCAGGUCUCGGAUGUUCUUUACCAAACUCUUUUCAGGCAGUAAUUUUUAAAAAUUCUGUUAUUUUCUAAAGUUACUUUGCUAAAAUGUUGACUAUGGAAAACAAACAGCAAAAAAGAAUGUUUUUAUUCUGCUGCUAUGAUGAACAUUUAUUAUCUGUAUCUUUUAGCUCAGGAAAUGACUUCACCUAUUCCACAAACAAAUCUCUAACAGGGUCACUUCGCUAAUUGGGCUUCUUAAACAGAUGUGCUGGGAGAAAAUUAUAAUAUUAGCAUUUGUACCGAACGUCAAAAGUAUUUUGACAGAUUUCUUCUUAAGACUCAGUUUUCCAAGCCUCCCCCUGACUGGGGUUGCUUUGUGCACACUGUACAUAGCCUGCCUGGUGAACCAACAUCGCACAGAGAAUCGCAACCAGGAAUGUGGGCAGAGUCAGAGCAGGGGAGUGAGCGCACACUUGUCGCGAGGACUUCAACCUGACUGUCUCAGGAUUGAAGCUGUAUUUCUGCAGCUUUCAGUACAAAGGAAAAGAGUCCCGGGAAGCCGAGUUGGUCUCAACCUCAGGGAGACCGCGGCUUGCUUAGGAAGGCAGCUGAAGUCAUGGGCAGAAAGGUACAGCAUUAAAAUACCACGUGGUGUUUGUUGUUGCAUUUAAGAAAAACAAGCAGUAAAAGCCAAGUUACAUUUCAUAGUCAAGGAAGUUCUCUCGUUGAGUUCCAUGGUAGUCACACACUUCAUUCAUGCCCACACAUGUUCCAUGGUAUGAUUUGUCACAGGAGGGACUGGGGUGAUGGUUUUAAAUGUCCUUUUUCCUCUUAGUGCAGCUAUAUCUAAGUAAAGUGUCUUGAAGCUUACCAGAAACUCAGUAUGCUUUUAACACACACACAGGGCCAGGGUUGAGGAAACAGAUACAGGAACGGUAAGGAAAAUGACCCAUGAGGAAAGUGUCACGAGAUGGUGCGGCGGGUGGCUGGCUGAGGGCAGGUGUCCGUUAGAUGGCAGCCAGCUGCUGUGUAACUGUGUACGUGUUUGUUGGGGUGGCUGUCCUGUAUUUGUAUAUUGGAAUAAAAAUGUCUAUAAAUUAUCGUAACUGAAAGUAAAUAUUCUAAAUUAAGUUCCACUUCCUAAGUUGCAUGGCUUCCAUCUUAGAAAGUCUAGAAGACUGUUUAAGACGGGAGCCAGUAGGCUGUGGGAGGGAAACGUACUCUGUAGGUCUUUGUUGGCCUCUAACCAUCAGUGUAGGGUUUUUUCUUUCCUUGUUGGCGGUAGAAAGACCUCAGUUUCAUAACAUACUACUCUUGACACUUUCUUUAGAGAUACUUCGUAUUCAAGAUUCUCUCAUGAGGUAUUUGGCUGGGAGCUGGGAGGCCACAGCGCUCAGGUCCUGGCUCUUCAGUGAACUUAACCGUGUGACCUUGGGCAAGUCACUUAACCUCUCUGUGCUUCAGUCUCCCUGUCUUGUAAAAUGGGAGUAAUACCUACCUCACAGGGUUGUUGUGGGGAUUAAUUAGAGAUAAUGUCUGUAAAGCAUUUAAGGUUCUUGAAGAAGGCGCUAUAUAAAUACAAAAUAAUAUCUAUUAAAGUUGGUUUAUUUGUG